AUGGGGGUCGCGUUCGCUGUGGAAGUUCAUUUUGAAAAUAAAGAUAGUGGUUUUUUUCUGAAGCAUACAGCACGAUGGAGUGGAACAGGUCCACCGCCCGAACCAAUGGGUACAGCUCUUCCCGGUGCUCUUCUUUCACUUGAUCGAUUUACAGUUCUUCAAGGUUCUGCCCCUGCUUCUGUACGGGCAACGUACGGACCGUUUUCUACGAAACAAACAGUUCCGGCUCGAUACGCAGUACCCGAUCCUCUUGAACCACCUCGAAGGAAUGCAACUUUAGUUGAAUUGCAAGAUGCGACAGCCCACAGACUCGACGUGUCGGCACAUCUUGUAUUUCGAGAACUACCAAAAGAUGCACCUGUAUUAAGAGUUUUAUUUCAUACGGGUGGAGAGGGAGGUGCUCGACGAGCAGCGGCGAGGCCACGUCGUGUUUGUAUUACUCUCCACGCUAGUCUUGGCACUAAAACAUUGACUGCGACUUGUGGGCCUGAAGGCGAAGAAGGAGCUUGUUUGGCAGAAUUAACUGUUCCAGCUGCAUGGUGGCCAGCUGAUGGCAAAGGAAAACGUCCGCCGAGAACUAUGAAAUUGGCUUACAGUGCAGCGGAAGCAAGUAGUGGUGAAACUGGAGAAGGAAUAUGUGGAAAAGUAUCUGUGCAACCAGCGUGGCCUUUGGGCACUGUGACUUUGUCUGGAGCUCGCGCUGGUUACAGAGAAACGCGUGCUGGAGACACAGCACUGUUGUUACCUAGAGCGCCUUUAUACCCUCACUUUAGGCUACAUUUGCCUUUCGUUAUACGACGUGAAACAAGUCCUUCAAUAGGCCACGUUGUUAUCAGGAUGAAAGUAAAAUCUGGACUGAGGUUGGUGAGUGUUACAUCAGCGAGUUCUCACUGGGCUGUGACUGCGGAAGUAAAACCACGCGCUGCGACCGUCACUGCAACGCGUCUUGAACAACCCUUGCGUGAUAAUGAUAACCUUGACACAGAUGUGGAAGAAAACACUGGAGCUGGGGGACCUGGCUGGGAAGAGAUCCUCACUUGGCUGGUGGAAGUUGGUGCGGAAGGUGAAGGCGAUGCAGAAGGCUCAGAAGGUGAAUCAGGACGUGGAACAGCUCGUAUUAGCUGGUCUGCAAAAGUGUCUUCAUCGCCAAGCGCUACUUCGACUACUGAAGAAACCCCUCAUGAACACAGAGUUAAUACAAGACUUGAUAUAGAAAAAGACGAUAUUCAAGCUGUGCUUCCUAUCUCAAAGAAUUGGGAAGUGUUGAAUACGGCUGUGUUAACCGGGAGACAGGUGUCGCAGGCUAUGAAGGUGUUGAUCGUAUCACAGGCCGGUCAGGUGGCUGACGUCACGCUGCAGAGCUCUUGCCAUUCCGAAGACGAGAGUGUACUUAAGGUAUCAUCGUCGUGCAGUUCCGUGUAUGUAGAUGGAUCGGAAAUCCGAGGCUCCUCAAACGCUUCCGUUAUCGUAAAAUAUGGUACAUACACUGGCUUGGCGAGAUUUACAGUAUGGAUGCCGGAGUAUCCCCUCGAAAUUGAUGUUGACGAUAACAGACUAUCACAAAUCAAAGGCUGGAAAGUAUCAGACGAGUCGAAUGCUAAAGACAGAUUAAGAAGGUCUGUGUCGUCCCGGGGGUGGGGCGGCUCGAGGCCCGACGCCCCCAACUCAUUGACGGAUCAGCGCUCUUGCAGACUUAGAUACCAACAAAGCAAUGUUGAGGUAUACGCCCGGUUCCUCGCGAAGGAUCAUGACUCUGGACGUGUAUCGUACUUCGUGUCUCGACGAACGUGGCUCAAGGUGACGGAGCUCGUGCUCUCAUUGAUGCGUGUGUCUGAUCCUCGUAUUGCAUCCCUACGCGACCGCGUGCUUCAAGGUCGCAGCCCUGGCCGCACGGAAGUACAAGUACUCUCACCUAUUACUGGGCGAGUGAUUGGUCUUCGCGAAGUACGUGUAGUUAAUGAUAAAGUGUCAAUAUCUCGUCUGUUAGUCCGCGUUAUCUCUGGUCUUCAAUUAAAUAUAUCGCCGGACACAGCUAUUGAAAAUGGCUAUGUUUCUGAAACAACAGUGACUAGACGUUUAACAGCACAGUAUCAGGAGGGUUUGUUGGAUAUAGAUAUUGAGUUUUCCGAUGGAAGCCAUACAGCUUUGCGGGACGUGGCCGUAUCUGACUAUUACCUGUUGGUAGAGAGUUUGGACACAGAAGUUGUGGCCUUCGCGCCAAUGUUAGCUUCUCGCCAUCCGCGUGUUAUUGCUGUUGGAGAAGGCAGCGGCGAACUGCUCAGAGUAACGCUUCUAACUCCAGAGCAAUGUCGUUCUGGUCCGCUACGUCGAGUCGCUUUGCCGGGUAAGGGCGAUGCGAAGACUCCCGCAAACAUUAAGAAUAUACCGGGAGCUCUGGCGACUGCGGCGGCCGGGGUCGACGUGGACUUCAGCGGGGGCGACGCGCCGCAACGCCCCGAUACGCCACAGAACGACGACAUCAUGGCGCGGGGCGGCGUCCGCACGGGCAUGUCGGACCUUAGCGACGUUCUUAAAGGAUUUUCUCCGUUCAAAGAUGAAAACAAUCACGAGCCUACAGUACAAGCGCAACAAUACGGUUCCAUAUUUCGAAGUAACAACGUUCUACAUCCAAGGCAGCCACCUCCGAACAAUAUGUCACAGGUUGAAAUAGGCAUGUUCGUUUUGUUGGGAGCGUUCUGCUUUGCAAUAAUGAUAUUUGUGGUGUCCUGCGUGGUGUACGCCUACCGCCUGAAGCCGGCAGCGGAGGGCGGCGCGUGCACAGCGGCGGAGGGCCCGCGCCUGCCCGGCGCCGGCCUCGUCGGGGCCUCGCUCGGCCUCGCACGCGACAAGCCUUCUCGAGACUCCACUACCAACGCGCACGACUGGGUUUGGCUUGGACGUGCAACUAUUGAAAGAAACGGUAAUCGUCAACCCACAAACGCGGACCGAAAUUCAACUCACCCCGUCGACAAAGGCAACAACAAUCGAGAGAUGAGAAUCACAGCGAACCCUCUAAACUACAACUAUGUAGACCCGGAUGAUGCGAUACGCGAGAAUGGAAACGUAAUGGUGACCAGUUUCGACAACCCUAAUUCGAUCGAGCUUCCAUCGCAAAACGAGAAACGCGAACGAGUUAUUGACUCCACGACGUACUGCAAGAAAUCUGCAAGGCACAAUCGUCAAAACUCCGGAGACGGUCAUUGGCAGAUGGAUACCAGCAACGAAGGCGACUAUCGACCUCCCGUACCUCCCCAUAGAAACUCUUCAACGCCACAACCUCAAGUCCCUGUACCACCUCGAAAUUCCAAAAUUUUGCCAGAGACCGUUAUGCCACCUAGCCGACGAAGCCAAUCCAGAACUCAUCACAAAAAGCACGACCGCGAACACGAUUCCAAACGCUCUCCGGAAAAUGGCCGACGCUCAGACCGAAUUAUUGAUUUAAACAGAAUGGAUGCUCCGUAUAUGUCAAGUCGAGAUAUCAAGGAUCAAUACAAACGCGACUCAUACCCCUUGCAAUUACGAAACGAAUUUGACGAUAACCCCGUAGAAAAACUCACAAACAAAGACGACUGCGCUAAACUAUUUGAAUUUGAUAAUGACGCUCCACUUAUCAUGGAAAACAAAGAUUAUAGAGAAAUCGUGGGACUCAACAGAGGAACAGAUGAUUCACGGCGUACUUUCGUAAAACCCGAAAGCCCUGAUUAUAUGCAUGACUCUGGAAUCGGCCUACCAGAAGUACAAAUGAGACAUAAGUCAAAGAAUAAGGAAUCUAACACUAAAUGUGACUUCGUCGAACCUCCAAAUCAAACAAAAGGUAAUUUGACACACAUUUGUAAUUAUCUCGUUAGGUGGCAGUUCCCCAGAAGUGAAGCGUGCAACAAUCGUCGGGAACCCGAUGUACUCCCGCAGAGAAGGUGAGCUGCGCCCCGACGCCCCGGUGGAGUCCCUCGGUCUCGACGACCUCCACAUGGACUACGAUCAGAUCAUGCACUAUUUCCACAACCUCAAGGUAUAAAUCGCCACACACCGUCCCACCAUGCUUCUAGCGUAGACGUUGCUGUGUCGCUUGCAUCGAUACCCGCUCGAGCACCGGCCAAGACACAAAUUAUAUCAUAUCUUUUAUCGUAUUUCGAUGUUUCGAUGUACUCUCUUAUGAAUGAUAUAGCCUGA